UCAUUCUCUCCGCUUCGCAGUUUCAUCGAUUCGUUUCUUCGUCGGCCGUAAAAAAUGGGUUUCAAGAGGAAGAAAGGUGACGGUGAUGGUGAGGAAAUGGAAUCAGAAGGUCGUGGAAAGCCUAGUUUCAAUGGGGGAGAGAAGAGGCAUGUGAUACUCCCUUCGAUGAUUAAGAACAAAGAUAAGAGAUCUAAAGUGUAUGCAAAGCAGAAGCAUGAGAAAAAAUUGGAGAAGCAGAAGAAGAUUAGAGAGCGUGAUGCUGCUGAGAAACGAGCUCUUGAGCUUGGUGAGGAGCCUCCACAAAAGAUGAUUCCGAAGACGAUUGAGAAUACUAGAGAAGCUGAUGAGACUGUUUGCAGACCUGACGAUGAAGAGUUGUUUGCGGAUAUUGAUGCUGAUGAGUUUAAUCCAGUCUUGAGACGUGAGGUUACACCUAAGAUCUUGAUCACAACAUGCCGUUUCAAUUCCACUAGAGGACCUGCAUUUAUAUCUGAGUUGCUUUCGGUGAUUCCAAACUCUCAUUAUCAAAAAAGAGGAACUUAUGAUUUGAAAAAGAUUGUAGAAUAUGCAAAGAAGAAAGAUUUCACAUCUCUUAUUGUUGUUCAUACGAAUCGCAGAGAACCUGAUGCGCUUCUUAUCAUCGGUUUGCCAAAUGGUCCUACUGCUCAUUUCAAAUUGUCAAAUCUUGUUCUGAGGAAAGAUAUUAAGAAUCAUGGAAAUCCUACAAGUCAUGAACCGGAACUGGUUUUGAAUAACUUUACAACGCGGUUAGGGAAUCGUGUUGGAAGAUUUAUUCAAUCACUCUUCCCUCCGGAUCCCAAUUUCCAUGGUAGGAGAGUUGUGACAUUCCACAACCAGCGUGACUUUAUAUUCUUCAGGCAUCAUCGUUACAUAUUCGAGACAAAGGAAAUCAAACAGAGUGAUAAAGGAAAAGAUGGUGCUGCUCAAGAGAGAGUAAAACCUCGGCUUCAGGAAUGUGGUCCUCGAUUCACGCUUAAGCUAGUAACUUUACAGCAUGGAACCUUUGACACCAAAGGCGGAGAAUUUGAAUGGGUUCACAAGCCUGAAAUGGACACAAGCAGGAGGAGGUUCUUCUUAUAAAUUUUGCUGACCGUCAAGUUUUACUUGAGUUUUUGUUUGUUUAUGUCAAAUUUUCAGAUUUUCCCUAUCCCCGACCAACUUUGUAUGUCGUUAAAAAUGUAACUUUUCUUUUCAAAUAUAGCCAUCAGAACAAUCGUACAACUUAUUUCAACAACAUACAGGUUCCUCUUGUUUGAUUCGUU